AUGUUGAAUAUUCAGAACCCAUUCACCAUGUUCAUCACAAGGACCACGAGAAACAUGAAGAGAAUCAUGAUGAUGAUCAUCACGUACCUGUAUCAGAACAUCACAUCGUCAUACACCACAAAUACCACCCUGAAGACAAACAUGAUGAGCAUAAAGAGGAACAUCAUGAAGAGGAACGUCAUGAAGAGAAGCAUCGUGAAGAAGAAUAUCAUGAAGAUAAACAUGAAGAAAAGGAACAUCGUGAAGAGGAGCACCAUGAAGAGGAACAUCGUGAAAAGGAACAGCACGAAGAUGAACAUCGUGAAGAGGAACGUCAUGAAGAGGAACGUCAUGAAGAGGAACAUAAUGAAGAGGAACAUCGCGAAGAGGAACGCCAAGAUGAAGAACGUCACGAAGAAGAAAAUCGUGAAGAGGAACAUCAUAAAAAAGAACAUCACGGAGAAAAUAAAGAAGAACACCAUGAACCUGAAUACCAAGUUCACGAACACCAUGAGCCUGAACAUCAUGACCAUAAACAUCGUAUUAUUGAAUAUUAUGUGCGCAGCAAUCAUGAUGAUGAUUAUCAUGGACGCCAUCACGCUGAAGACUAUCAUCAUGAUAAUUAUGAUCACUACAACCACCAUCCUCCUUCUUGUAGCCGUUGCGGUGACUGUGGUACUUGCUGAAAAAGAUCAAGAACAUGCCGAAGCUGCAAAUCCACCUCAGGCUAGUUACGAUGAUCAUUUGAAUGACCACUACCACCACGAGCCACUUCCGGGCCCCCAUGUGCUGCGUUCUACUCGAUCGGACCAAAUAGCUGAUGAGGACGUA